AGAUUGUUUUGACGUUUAUUUUAUUUCAGUUAGACAUUGACAUUUAAUCUUGUACAGCUAUCGAGAAAAAUUAAAAUUAAAUAGUAAAUUAAAACAAUGGACCUAUUAAAUGAUACAGUUUUACCGGAAGAUUUAAAGAAAUUCGAAAAAGUUUAUCAUCAACAUUUAUAUAACAAUGAAGUGACACCGACGGUUCAAUUUGAGUACGCUUGGUGCUUAGUUAGAAGUAAAUAUUCUGCUGACAUUCAAAAAGGUAUCAUGCUACUAGAAGAACUAUAUAAAAACAACCAAGAUGGGAAGAGAGACUAUCUUUAUUUCUUAUGUGUCGGCUAUGCUAGGAUGAAGGAGUAUUCCAAAGCUUUAAAGUAUAUUAGAUCGUUUUUGGCAGUCGAGCCAGGUAAUAUACAAGUAGCAGGCUUAGAAAAACUAAUAAAAAAGAAAAUGGAAAAAGAAGGCCUAGUAGGUAUGGCGGUGGCAGGAGGAGUAGUGGUAGCAGUAGGAGCCAUCGUCAGUGUAGGCAUGGCUAUAGCCAGUAAAGGAAAAUCAUAGUUCUUCCAGAACUUUUCUAAUUUUUCGUUUUUUAGUGAGUGAUCAGUACCAAAUAUCAACUUAUAAUAAAAUUUUGUAUCUUCUAAAAAGGGAAUAUUUAUAUUUAUUGUAUUUAUCAACAAGAGCGAACUAGUAAAUGUUGAUAUACACAAUUUUGGCCCAAACAUAUUUCAUCACAAGGUCCUUAAGGGACCACACAAUAUUUUGAACAUUUACUAGUUUGCACAUACAGUGCUCGUCAAAAGUCCUCUUACCCCUUCGUAUCUUUUGAACGAUUAUCCGUAUAAUAGUAAAAUUUCGAGAGAGGAAAUAAACGGACAUAUGCUUCUCAACUACUCAUAACAGGUGACAUAAUAUUGACAGAUGACGUUACACAGCCACUUUGACGAUAAUUUUAAACGGGAUUUUGUGCCAAGUGAUAUCUCGUUUGAGAGGUAUUGAAAAUACCUAUGCAAUUAUACUAAUUUUGUUUGGGUUUAAGUUGAUUUUAAUGAAUAAAUGAAAUAAAUACUAAAAUUUUAGUUUCGCAUUUAAUUAAUAAAGAUUCAAACGUUCGCCUAUGGUUAUUUGUCAAAAAAGUUAACGUUAUUCAAUGUUUAUAUGUCAACGUCAACUUUUUUGACAAAUAACCAUAGGUGAACGUUUGAAUCUUUAUUAAUCAAAUGCGAAACUAUAAUUUUAAUAUUUAUUUAAUUAAUUCAUCAAAUCAACAUAAACCCAUACAAAACUACACUCACCGGCACAAAAUUCCUCCACUAAAAAUGUUUGAUUAAGUUUGACAAUUUAUAACUUUAUUAUUUGUACUCCGAUUUUCAAUAUUCUUAAAUCAGUUUGUAGGUACAUGUAUUGAUAUCAUUUGUUAUUAUUCCGGUAACAAUUUUUUUUUGCUUAGAUGGCAUUAUAUGGGGGUGAAUGGAAGCUAACUUUAAAAAAUUCUGUGGAAAAAGUGAAGGGCUGAUUUUGUUUCAUACUCCUUUCGUAUUAUCUCGGAGGCAUCACUAGGAUUUUGUUUUUUAAAUUAUCCGAAUAUAUCUUUUCUAGUAAAAGCUGCAAAUAAAAACACUGAUUUGAAGGUUUAUUAUAUCAUAAGGUUAUAAUAAGGAUAUAUAAGGUUUAAAUUAUCAAACGCACUAAAAUAAACAACACAAAACAAAAUUAACAACAAAACAAAACAAUUCAAUAGCGGGUAUGUCCACCUCUUGCAGCAACGACUGCUCGCAAUCUGUUUGGCAUCGAAUAAAGAUGUGUUAUCCUUGCCUGGGGAAUAGCCUGAUAUUCCUCUACCAGGGCCAUAACUGUACCAAAUUUUCUGGAGGCCUAGGAGGAUGGCAAAUAGCAUUUUCAAUUAAUCCCGUAAAUGCUCGAUAGGAUUGAGAUCGGGCUGCAUGCGGGCCAUUCUAAUCUUAUCAAUCCAACCUCUAUUUAAGAUAUUUAUGUUUAUGAGUCAAUCAGUAUUUUUAUUUACAAAAAAUUGCGCAGCUGUUACAAGAAAAGAGAUAUUUGGAUAAUUCCAAAAAUAAAAUCUUAGUGAUGCCUCUGGAUUAUACGAAGGGACUAAGAAACAAAAUCAGCUCUUCAGUAUUUCUACAGAAUUUUUUAAAGUUGGAAGAAAAUACAACUCUUCCAUUCAGCCCCGUGCGAUGCCAUCUAAGCAAACAUUUUUGGUUACCGGAAUAAUAGCAAAUGAUAUCAAUAGAUGUACCUACAAACUGAUGCAAGAAUCUUGAAAAUCGGAGUACAAAUAAUAAAUUUAUGUAAUCAGAAAUUGUUAGUGGCGGAAUUUUUUGCCGGUGAGUGUAGUAUGUAAUAUUGAAUAGAUAUUUUCAAUACCUUUCAAAUGAGAGCCAUAAGGUUCCAUUUAAAAUAAUCGGCCACAGCAAAUAAUAUUGACUGUAAUACAUCCAACUCCCACAUAAAUCUGGAAGCACGUUGCCACUAGCGCCAUUGUCGGCUUGAGUUGAACUACGUUUUGACCACGUAAAAUUUGAGGUAAACAUUCAAAUUUAAUUUUAUAAAUUUUUGAAUAACGAGCUAAUUUUGCUAAAUUAAAUAAAAAUAAAAAUAGUUCAAACACUUAUACAAAAACAAUAAUAAAGCAAUUUUAUAAAUGUAAGGUUAGAUUUCUCUGGUUAUCCUACUCAUACUGCUAGAUGGCGCUAUUUUUUGCUUCCUCAAAAUUAAUGGGAUAUGUCAAGAGUUGUAUGUGUUACAGUCUAUAGUAUUUGGCCCUUGGCCAAAGUGACUCUGUAACGUCAUCUGUCAGUAUUACGUCAAUUGUUAUGACGCCUAUGGCCGUUUAUUUCAUCCCUCAAAAUUUCAGUAUUAAUAAGUAUAACGGUUCAAAAGAUACGAGGGGGAGGGGACUUUUGGCUAGCAUUGAAUGUUAUAGAUAUUAAAAAAGCAUUUAAUGCAUCUAUCUGUACUGAAUUUAUUUUGUGAUUUAGAAAUACAUGUUUUUUUUAUAUUAAUAAUUGAUAUAAAUUUUGAUCAGUUAUUAUGACCAUUGUUUUGUUGCUAUCAUUGUAUAUAUGUGUUAAGUUUUACAUAGGUUAGGUAUUUAUAAAUGAAAUGAAUGUCUGAGUAAUAAAGGAAGCUAUUUUAGAAAA